CCCACUUUGAGCAUCAUGGCAUGGGACCAACAUUGACUGCUUUUUCUUACCUCUGCCGCUUUGGUCAAGGUAUUUUGGGCUUAUUAGGUGUCAUUGAGGGCACGUUUCUCCACAAUCCAGAGAAAAGAGGUCACCCAAAGGACUUGAUGCUGUCAGACAACUUUUCCCAGUCGAGGACAUCAUCAUCAGAUACGGACAGAGGCUACUGUGUACUCCCUUGCUUGCUUUCUUGAAUGGGCAGAAUGCGCAUAGGUGAAUGAGGGAGUUUGAGCAGUGGAUUGCAUUCGAAGCAUCGAGGCAGGAGGUUGAAGAUGGAUAGCGAAAGAUGGUGAUGACCAGGGAGCCCAGUUUCUUCCCAAAUUCGAGAAGCCAAUGUUGAAAUCAACGAACGAGAAUGAAAUCAGAGCUCAGGGUCCAGCCCGCAGCAGCUGAACGAUGGCAGCCGCAAAUCGGGUCCCCUCCAGAUUAGAUAAGAUCUCUUAGACCAAACACGAGCCGGCUGCCCCUGAGCCGGGCACCGCCGG